GCGUUGCGUGGGGGCCGUUGCUUGGCGCUGAUUCCAGCACCGCUGCGGGCUCGCCUAGCGCCAGGCAUGGAGCUGGGGGCGCACAGGCCCUGGGUGCCGCAGAGCACCCUUGAGACCGACUUCCCCCUGUCCCUGUACAGUGACCAGUAUGUGACGCUGCGGGGGCCCUGCCAGGCCCCCGUGCUGAGGCAGGCCCUGCGCUGGAAGACCACCCCCAUGGGCUGGGACGCCACGGGGCUGAGCGGCUGGGGCGCGGCGGGGGACCCCUGGUACGCCCUGACCCCCGGCAUUGCCCGGUGCCGCUGGCAGCGCGCCCACAACCCCUACGAGCUGGAGCCCCUGCCGCCGGUUCAUGCCCAGCACCUGCGGGAGGUGGCGUGGUGGGACCCCAUCGGCCCUGCCGCCUACCCUGGACCCCGCACCCGCUGGGGAGCCUUCCUCUGGCAGGAGCGCCCCAUCCUGGGCAAGGAGUACGUUGCCACCCGCAGCCAGAGCCCCAGGGCGCUGGGGGGCAGCCCGGGGUACGUCCCCCUGCUGUCCUGCUGCCGCCCCCCCUGCACUGCCCGCGAUGUCCGCACCUGGAGCCUCCUCCAGCACCAGCCCUCCACCCGCCAGUAAAGGGCACAA